AUGGAAGAAUUGAAAGCUUAUCGUCCAAAGACGAGUCCCGAGCUUGACCCAUCAACGCUCUCCAACUAUACUUGCUUCACAGUGAAACUCACCACACUUCAUUUCGAUAUCGACUUUGAAAAGAAGAUUGUAUCGGGAAAAGUCAAAUACGACUUAUUGAACAAAUCGGAGACGGAUCAUGUCGAUUUGGACACCUCUUAUCUCGACAUUACCAAAGUUAGUAUUCAAAACGAAUCUUGUGAUAAUCAGUAUAAACUACAUUCUAGAAAAGAACCACUCGGGUCAAAAUUACACAUCCUGAUCCCUGCAUCUACUCCGAAAAAUUUCCAACUCGAAAUAGAAUUUUCAACAACUUCGAAAUGCACUGCAUUACAAUUUCUUGAUAAAGAAGCAACAGAUGGGAAAAAUCACCCAUACCUCUUUUGUCAAUGCCAAGCAAUCCAUGCUCGUAGUCUUUUUCCUUCAUUUGAUACACCGGGAAUCAAGUCACCAUACAAGUUCUCAGCAAAAUCUCCAUUGAAAACAUUGUUAUCAGGAUUGCUUAUUAAGGAGGAUAAUGAAAACAACACUGUUUACUUUGAACAACCAGUGCCUAUACCCUCGUACUUGGUUUCCAUUGCGCUGGGAGACAUUGCGCGGACAUCAAUUGGCCCUCGUAGUGAUGUGAUGACUGAACCUGUUAACUUGGCCAAAUGCAAAUGGGAAUUUGAACGUGAUAUGGAAAACUUUAUCCAGGUUGCUGAGAAAUUGAUCUUUGAAUACGAAUGGCAAAAAUUUGAUUCGUUGGUUUUACCAGCAAGUUUUCCCUAUGGUGGCAUGGAAAUUCCCAACCUUUGCCAAUUAACACCAACAUUAAUCUGCGGCGAUCGCUCUUUGGUCAAUGUUGUCGCACACGAAUUGGCCCACUCAUGGUCGGGAAACUUGGUGACUAAUUGCUCUUGGGAACAUUUUUGGUUAAAUGAAGGAUGGACAGUGUAUCUCGAGAGAAGGAUCCUCGAAGCCCUCGCAGUGAUUGAAGCUAAACAACAGGGGAAAGGUGAUAAAGAGGCACAUUAUUACGGUGAACAGGUGCGUCAGUUUAAUGCAAUCAUUGGCUGGACUGAUUUGGAAAAUGAUUUAAAGUCAAUGGGCGAUAAUGUUGACAAAUAUUCUAUAUUGGUGCAAGACUUGAAAGGCAAAAAAAAGUGCCAAAAGAAAGAUGAGAAAGAAGAUAACCAAAGCAAUGCUAGUCCGGAUGAUCCCGAUGAUGCUUUUUCAACAGUGCCAUACGAAAAGGGGUUCAAUUUGCUCUACUUGAUUGAAAAGAUUGUGGGAAAGGAAAAAUUUGAUCUUUUCAUUCCUGCUUACUUUAGAGAAUUUCGUUUCAAAUCGCUCGACACUUUUCAAUUUAUUGACUAUUUGUUUGAUUUCUUUAAAGAAGAUGCUGUUAAAUUGGACCAAAUUGAAUGGAAAAAGUGGCUUUAUGAGCCCGGCAUGCCACCGAUCGAUCCCAAAUUUGAUACCACCUUGGCUCAAGCGUGCUAUGAUUUGGCAAAGAAAUGUUAUCAGUACGCAUUGAGCGAAGAUGACGAAAACGAAUUUACACAGUUUAAAUUAGUUGCAAAUGAGAUAAAUGAUUUCAGUCCAAGUCAAAACAUAGUAUUUCUUGACACAUUGAUUGCUUAUGAAAAAGUUGCUGGCUUUUCAUGGAAACAGCAUAAAAAAACAUUGAAUCGUAUGGCAACAUUAUACCACGACCAAUAUACAGAAACCCUGAAUGCGGAAAUCAAGUUCAGAUGGUUUUACUUACAAGCUACAGGAGAAGUACUCGAUUUUGAAGUUGCAAUGGGUGAAUUCUUGGGCACCAUUGGUAGAAUGAAAUUUGUACGUCCCGGAUAUGCUUUGUUGAAUAAAGUCAACCGCGAAUUGGCUGUGAGAUAUUUCCAGAGAUUUGAAAACAGGUACCAUCCAAUCUGCAAGGCCAUGGUACGCAAGGAUUUGCAACUAGAUUAA